GUACUGAGGACCUAUUCUAACCCGGAUGCUCACGGGAUGAAAAAUUCUCGAGAGGGAAGUUAAACAAUAUACAAUCAAUCGAACCUUUGUCAUGCGAAGAUAUUAAUUCUAAUCAAAAAUAAAAUGGAAUGUCAUUAGAUCUAUAGUGUGUGGGGUGCGCUAAAUUAAAUAGCCAAUUGAAUUUGCGACAGGGUAUAUAUUAUUUGUCUUCAUUUCAAAAUUUAAUGUAACUAUAUCCAUCAUAUCAGUAGUUCAUGAUAACAUCUCUUAUUAAUAGUAACACAUUUCUAAUUACAUUUCACAGCUCUUCCCCAUAUAUUUAAUUUUGGGUUGUAAUGCAAAGUUUAAAAAAAGACAAGGAAAUAUUUUUAUCAUGAUUCUUAUUUUAAAAAAUCGCGUUAGCUGUUUUCACUGAGAUAAGCACUCAUGGAUGGCAAUGUUUUUCACACUACUUGUACCUAUCCCCCCUCACCUCCUCGAAGUGGGGCAUGCGCUCCUGCCAGCGGGUACCCAGGAGGGAAAACCCAGUCCAUUCAUAAUCCCCCGGUCCCAUUUGUCACGCCCAUUUCUGGAGGAAUUCUCCCAGGGAAGAAAAUUUUUAUCAGUGGAGUUCUAAAUCCAAAUGCACAGAGGUUCACCGUAAACCUCAUCUGUGGUCCUCAUGACGGAGGCGGUGACAUUGCGUUUCACUUUGACGUCCGUAUUCGAGUUGGUGGUCAACGUGAUGUCAUCGUUAGAAAUUCCUGCCAGGGUGGUGGUUGGGGAGCAGAAGAGAGACACAGUCCGUGCUUUCCUUUCGUUCCAAACGCCAAGUUUGACAUAAAAAUCAAGACUAAACCUGGCAAAUUCAAGAUUGCAGUGAACAAACAGCACCUGCUCGAGUUCAGACAUCGAAUGAAGCCGCUAGAUAGAAUCAACACUCUUCAGAUAUUAGGUGACCUCCGACUGACGGAAGUCCGCUUGUAAUAGUGACGUCAUUGUCAUGCAUAAAUACAGUGCUCGGUCUAUCUGUUUUUGUAUAUAUAUGCUUGUUAAUACUACAUAAAAUGAAUCUUAUUCAAUCCUCGUCUUUUAGCCUAUGCUACGUAAAUUGGUCGUUUGUUUGUAAUUUUUCUUAAUUGUUUGCUGUCAAAUAAAAUGAUGUUCAGGUUUGA